AUGGCGGCGGCGCUGGUGGCCUCGGCGGGGCGGCGGGGCGUCCUUGCUGCCCGCGGAGCGCGGCUGCUGCACGCGGGGCUGCCGGAGACGCACCAGAUGCUGCGGGAGACCUGCCGGGACUUCGCCGCGAAGGAGCUGGCGCCCAUCGCCGCCCGCCUCGACCGCGAGCACCGCUUCCCCGACCAGCAGAUUAAGAAAAUGGGGGCCCUGGGGCUGCUAGCGAUGGCUGUGCCCGAAAAAUACGCAGGAGCUGGCUUGGAUUGUUUGGCCUACACCGUUGCCCUGGAGGAGAUCAGCCGUGGCUGCGCGUCCACCGGCGUCAUCAUGAGCGUCAACAACUCGCUCUAUCUAGGACCGGUUUUGAAGUUUGGGUCUGAAGAGCAGAAACAAGAGUGGAUCCCUCCUUUCACCAGUGGGGAGAAAGUGGGGUGCUUUGCCCUAAGCGAGCCAGGAAACGGCAGCGACGCCGGAGCGGCCUCCACGGUGGCUCAGCUGGUUGGGGACGAGUGGGUGCUGAAUGGCACCAAGGCCUGGAUCACCAACGCCUGGGAGGCCUCGGCCGCCGUGGUCUUCGCCACCACAGACAAAGCCCUGAAGCACAAGGGCAUCAGCGCCUUCCUGGUGCCCAUGCCGUGCCCGGGCCUCUCGCUGGGCAAGAAGGAGGACAAGCUGGGCAUCAGGGCUUCCUCCACCGCCAACCUCAUUUUCGAAGACUGCCGCAUCCCCAAGGAGAACCUGCUGGGUGCGCAGGGGAUGGGCUUCAAGAUCGCCAUGCAAACCUUGGACUCCGGCCGGGUUGGAAUCGCUUCCCAGGCCUUGGGGAUUGCCCAGGCCGCUCUGGAUUGCGCGGUGGAUUACGCCGAGAAGAGGCUGGCCUUUGGCCACCCCAUCACUCAGCUGCAGGCCAUUCAGUUCAAGCUGGCUGACAUGGCGGUGGCGCUGGAGGGGGCUCGCCUGCUCACCUGGAGAGCAGCCACGUUGACUGACCACGGAAAGCCCUACACAAAGGAGGCAGCCAUGGCCAAGCUCUCAGCGUCCGAGGCAGCGACUUUCAUCUCCCACCAGGCGAUCCAGAUCCUGGGCGGGAUGGGCUACGUGACGGAGAUGCCGGCCGAGCGCCACUACCGAGACGCCCGCAUCACGGAGAUCUACGAGGGAACCAGCGAAAUCCAGAGGCUGGUGAUUGCCGGACAGCUGCUGAAGGCCUAUCGAGGCUGACGGGGAGGACUGCUAC